AUGAUCGACACCGACAAUCUUCGUACAGCGUCGCUGUACAUCAACAAUCAGCUCCUCUCGAGAGGACUUCUUCGCGAUGGCCAGAGCAUUGACUUUGCCAGUCCGGCAAUGUUUGAUGAUGAAGCUGCCGCGACAAUGGGGCGCAUCGUGAGCGUCCUCAACGACUUGAUUCUACGGCGCGAUCGCGACGCCGAGCAUCGCGAAUCGCUCUCUGCAACCAUGCGAACCCUCCGCGCCGACAACCUCAAGCACACAAACGACAUUGCGCGCCUAGCAGAGAAGCACACCGAAGCCAAGAGGAAGCUCGACAUCGCCGAGGCGUCCGAGACCUCCCUCAAAUCGCAGAUGAAGUCGGCUGAUGCCGCUAUUCGCGGCUUGAAAGAAGAGGUUGCUCGCACAAAGGGAUUGGUCGCCCAGGCACGCGCUGCUUGCGCGACUGAUGUGCGUCGUCGCGAUCGCCAGAUUGAUACCCUCAAGAAGCAGCUUGGCGAAGCUGGUCGCGCUCGAGGAGCUCGAGGAAACCCUGCCGUGACCUCGAUUAUCGUCACAGGAGAUGUUGGCGAGCAAAAGUCGUCCCCAGCGCGAGGAGGAAGCACACAAUCGGAUGACUAUGAUCUGCGCAACGAGACAAACUGUUUCCUGGCCAAGCUGGCCCAGAACCUUAGCGAGGAGAACGAAGCCAUCUUGACCAUAAUGAGGAGGACGAUGAAGCAGCUACGCAACAUGAGCGGAUGGAGCAACGAGAACGAGGAUGGCCUCGUCGUUAAGCAAGAGGGCUGGGAGGACAUGGCCGCAGAGCUGGACUCUGUGUUGGACCACAUGCGGACGAUCCUCACCAACCCGUCCUUUGUGCCCAUCGAGGAGGUCAUGGUCCGCGAGGAGGAAAUUAGCCGUCUCAAGGACGGUUGGGUCAAGAUGGAAAGCCGCUGGACUGAGGCUGUCCAUCUCAUUGAUGGCUGGCGCAAGCGAAUGGCCGCCAAUGGAAGGCCCAUCUGCGAGGAGGAGCUCCAGAUGGGUCUUCGACUCAGCCCUGUGCGCGUUAGAGACGUGGCAGAGACAAGACAGGCGGUUGGACUGAGACUCUCGGCUGUGGCUGAGGAACCCGAGGACGAUGGCGACGUCAUGAACUCGCCGUGUCCUUCGGCGCACCGCUCUCCUCAUAUGCAGACCAUCGAUGAGUAUGACCAGGACGACCACGAGAGCGACCCCGAAUCCGAUUUUGACGACCAUGUCCCUGUGGAAGAGUACGAUGUGGAGGAGCCCAACGUUCAGAUCCUUCAGCAGUCAACAGGAGUGCCCUUUAUGCAGCAUGGGCCCGACUCUUCACCACUACCAGAACCUCCUCAGAUGACGCCUCUACGAGAUUCUGCAUCAGCAGGCAACCGUGGCUCUGCACGAAUCAACAGACAUCCCAAGAAGCAUGGUGACUAUACCACCAUUGUCGAGGAAGAUACCUGGGAAAUGGCCGGAUUGGCUGAUCCUCUACCCAUCCGAGCCAACCGGGAUCCUCUGGACCGUGUCUCCUCUGCUUCGUCACUCGAAGAAGUCCUCUUGGUCAAUCCUCGACGAAGCGACAGGGCUUCCACACCUCAUCGAGACAGCCCUCGACGCAGCGUAGAUCGACCCGACUCUCGAUCAGGGACUGCGCCGCCAUCUCCUAACCGCUCCCCACGCCGCACCGCCUCCCGCCUUCCAUUGCCUCGAAACAUCGACCCGGCCCCUCAACAGAGCCCUCUCACAAUGGCCACCAUUGCCGCCAAGCUGGCUGCUUCUGAGCGCGAGGCCGAUGCUGCCCGGGUGCGGGCGAAACUCCGCGCUGCUCGUGGCACCCGUGGCGUCAAGAAACCCACCAUCACCAGGUCACAGCCAGAGCCAGAGCAGACCACACAAGAGCAAAGCUCUCCAAGAAACGGGCUAGAGGACGUGGAUCCCGUCAAGAGGGAUCCCACGCCACCAGCAGAUGAGCAUCAACUCAAGCCUGAAAAGAGACGGCGUGAACGACGAACAAGCAAGACGGCCUCACGGCGGAGGAGCACCCUAAGCCCUUGGGAGCUGGAGAGCUUGAUCACAGGAAAGGUGCAAUAG